CCAUAAACCAAUUUUUUUUGGUCUUACAAAAAUCAGCACCAUCUCCAUUAUUGACUACUGUACACCGCAUUAAUUCAUUUGCCUCGUCAGAUCCUCCACCUCCUCUCUGCCCUCUGUGCGUGAGUCACAACGAAGCAAGCUUGCUUUGGACAUCAAUGGCGGCUUCUACAUUACGGUGCCCUAUGAAUCCUCUACAUCCCCAACUCAAUUCCAAAUUCUCACCGUCCUCCAAUACAAAUCUAAUCACAGUCAUCAAACCACCAAUUCCCCGUGCUAGACGGCGUCGUUUCACCCCCGCUCUCGCUUCUCUUCAACCAGACGCCGACGACCACAACGCCAUCGGAGGAGGCCCGAACAAGAACGCCAUCGAGUUGCAGAAACUUGUCGAAGGCUUUCCCUUUGAAUUCAAUUCCAAGGACCCCAAUUUACUUCCGCGGCCUUUAUCUUCAACCCAGUUCUCCAAUUCGGUCUCUGAUCGGUCUCGCCUUCGGGUUGCUUAUCAGGGAGUUCGUGGGGCAUACAGUGAAUCUGCGGCAGAGAAGGCAUAUCCUAAUUGUGAACCAGUUCCUUGCGAGCAGUUUGAUACUACUUUCGAAUCUGUUGAACGGUGGCUUGUCGAUAGAGCAGUUUUACCAAUCGAGAAUUCUCUAGGUGGAAGCAUCCACAGGAAUUAUGACCUUCUACUUCGGCACAGGUUGCACAUAGUUGGGGAAGUGAAACUUUCAAUCCGGCAUUGUUUGCUAGCCAACCAGGGUGUUAAAGUUGAAGACCUGAAAAGGGUUCUAAGCCAUCCACAGGCUCUUGCACAGUGUGAGAACACACUAACAAAAUUAGGAAUGGUUAGAGAAGCCGUGGACGAUACCGCUGGUGCAGCAAAGUUUGUUGCUUUUCACAAACUCAAAGAUUCAGGGGCAGUUGCUAGCUCUGAUGCUGCUAGGAUCUAUGGUUUGAACAUACUUGCUCAAGAUAUUCAGGAUGACACUGAUAAUGUCACUCGAUUUCUAAUGCUGGCAAGGGAACCCAUUAUUCCUGGCACGGAUAGGCCAUUCAAGACUAGUAUAGUUUUUUCACUUGAGGAGGGGCCUGGCAUGCUUUUCAAGGCACUUGCGGUUUUUGCAAUGAGAGACAUCAAUCUUACUAAGAUUGAAAGUCGUCCCCUGCAGAAGCAGGCGUUGCGAGCACUUGAUGAUAGCAAUAAUGGAUUUCCCAAGUACUUUCCUUAUCUAUUCUAUGUGGAUUUUGAAGCAUCAAUGGCCGACCAAAAUGCACAAAAUGCCCUUGGGCAUCUAAAGGAAAUGGCUACAUUCUUGAGAGUUUUGGGGAGUUAUCCGGCAGACCAUGAUAUGUGACCUUUGAAGCCUGUUCUUCGAUCUAAUAUAGGGGAGACUUUGUGACUCUACUCUUAACACUCUUGGCCGCUGGAUGCCCUUGUUUAAUGCAGGACUAAAGGAAAGAUUUGACUAUGUUCUGCUUUUGUCGCAUUUCAAGAAAUUUGGUUUGAUAUGGAUUAGAGAAUAUGCACAUAGUUGCUAUGUUUGUUACAACAUUUUGACAUAUUAUUUAAACUGCAGUUCGUUAUUCAUUCUCCCGAUA